GGCCGGCUUCUACGCCGCCGGGCCAAUGGCGCCGCUCGAUGUUGCGGCAAGAUGGCGGCGCCCAGGCGCUCGCUGUCGCGCCGCGCCGGUGGAGGAGUCGUGAGGCGGCGGGGAGCAGGCCGUCAUGUUGCGCGCCUCCCUCCGAGAGGUGUCGGCGGCGCUGAAGGAAGGACGCGUGAGCGCGACGGAGCUGUGCCAGCGGUGCCUCUCGCUCAUCAAAAGCACCGGCUUCCUUAACGCUUACAUUACCGUCGCGGAAGGGACCGCCUUAAAGCAGGCUGAAGAGUCAGAGAAAAGAUACAGGAGAGGUCAACCGCUGGGUGUUCUAGACGGAAUUCCUUUUGCAGUAAAAGACAACUUUAAUACAGCUGGCAUUGAGACAACAUGUGCAUCAAACAUGCUAAAAGGUUAUAUUUCUCCUUACAAUGCUACAGUAGUUCAGAAAUUAUUGGAUCAGGGAGCUGUCCUUUUAGGAAAAACAAACCUAGAUGAAUUUGCAAUGGGAUCUGGGAGUACGGAUGGGAUAUUUGGACCAGUCAGAAACCCCUGGAGUUAUUCAAGACAGUACAAAGAAAAAGCUCCGCCAAAAUCCAGUUCUGAGAAUGAAGAGUCUGACUGGGUAAUAACAGGAGGAAGUUCAGGAGGCAGUGCUGCUGCUGUAUCAUCUUUCACGUGUUUUGCAGCUUUAGGGUCAGACACAGGAGGAUCUACCAGAAACCCUGCUGCUCAUUGUGGAGUAGUAGGUUUAAAGCCAACAUACGGACUGAUUUCUCGCCAUGGUCUCAUUCCUUUAGUGAAUUCCAUGGAUGUGCCAGGAAUCUUAACCAGAUGUGUGGAUGAUGCAGCAGUUGUGUUAGGUUCACUUGCUGGACAUGAUCCUAAAGACUCUACCACGAUUCAGGACACCUUUAAGCCGUUUGAACUACCCAACUUGAUAGAUGUCAGAAAGCUCUGUAUAGGAAUUCCUAAGGAAUACCAUGCACCAGGGCUUUCUAGUGAAAUUCUGGCACUGUGGUCAAAGGCUGCUGACCUUUUUAAGGAUGCAGGUGCUAAAGUAAUUGAAGUGAGUUUACCACAUACACGUUACUCAAUUGUCUGCUAUCACGUGCUGUGCACAGCAGAAGUAGCAUCAAAUAUGGCCAGGUUUGAUGGACUGGAAUAUGGCCAUCGUGCUGACAUGAACAAGUCCACAGAAAGUAUGUAUGCUGCAACACGACGAGAAGGUUUUAAUGAUGUUGUAAGAGGAAGAAUUCUAUCAGGAAACUACUUUUUGUUGAAACAAAACUAUGAGAAUUACUUUAUCAAGGCACAGAAAGUCAGACGCCUCAUUGCUGAUGACUUUGUGAAGGUUUUUGGAAGUGGUGUUGAUAUUUUGCUCACUCCUACCACUCUGAGCGAUGCAGUACCAUAUGUGGAAUUCAUCAAAGAAGACAACAGGACCCGCAGUGCACAAGAUGAUAUCCUAACACAGGCUGCAAACAUGGCUGGACUGCCGGCCAUAAGUAUUCCUACAGCUCUUUCAAAGAGAGGCUUGCCAGUUGGGCUUCAGUUCAUUGGACGUUCAUUCCAGGAGAAGCAGCUUCUCACUGUAGCCAAAUGGUUUGAAAAACAAGUAAAAUUUCCAAUGAUCCAGUUAGAAGAAGUGAAGAGGCAUGACUGCAGUGUCUUUCAGCAUCAGAAAUCUGUUUCUUUUUUGUAACACAAAUCUUGCUAGUCAACUAAAGCAAGAAAGCUGAGGGGAUUGUCUAAAAAUGUAGUUUUGCAGUUAAUUCUGUUCCGCAGAAAUAAUAAUGUAGCUUAAGAAGACCAUAUGCAGUAACGUAGGAUGGAAUCAUAACAGCUUGUUACUGUGUAAUUAAGCUGAAGUGAAUCACUGAGCAAACAUGUUUGUGUUAUUAAGAACCAUUUAUAACUGACACUGUUUUCCUUAGAUUCAAAUUACACAUCUUGUGCCUGUGGCGCUGCUGCUUUUUCUAUCUUUAGAGGGCGUCUAAGGUAUCUGGCCCAUUAAAGAACUAACCUGAACUUUUGUGUGAAAACUGCAUGGUUGCCAAUGGGCUUGGUUUCCUUCUGGAACAUAGACUUUUGUAAUCAAAACAACCUGCCAAGCUGUAAAGGAACAAAGGUAUCAAGGAGCCAUUCACCAACAGGUAAAUGCAAAAGGAAAUGAGAAAAUAACAUAUGGAAGUUCAUUAAAAGUGCUUUCCUCAAGCAAAACUAUGCAGGAGGUGAAAUGACUCCCGGGUGUACAAAUCUUGCAGAUUACGUCCAUUGCAAGAAGGAUUAAUUCCAGAUUUCUUCUGGAGGAAGAUGUCCUCUAGUCCUCGAGUAGUCUGUGUGUGUGUAUCUGUGUGUUUUUUUCUUCCUUCAUCGCUGCUCUCUGUAAUCGGCACUUAAAAUGAAUACUUACUAAAUAAAUUAUUUUCUGCA